AUGGCAAAGGGCCUCCGCGCAAGUAGCAAAAAGGCGAACCGCACAAAGCUGCGCGCCAGAGUAUUUGGCCCUGUCGAGCAGGCGCGCAUGGAACGCCUGCACGCCAAACUUCUCGAGACAGUCCAGCAGCCCAAGCCAGAAAGCAACCAGAUGGACACUGCUGAAGACAGUAAGCCGACUACCACCGCCGCCAACGAGGACGACUUGCCCAAAGGUUCGUCUUUUCUCACUGCUCCCAUACCACGCUCCCUGUCCGACCCCUCCCCAAAGCCCCUCGAUGCAGCACAGGACGAUUGUGACCUCAGGAAUCUGUGCCUCCACCUGGGCUUAUGUUCCGAUGUCGUUGGCUUCACCACAGACGGCCAUCUCGAGUUUGCCUUUGACCCACUCCCUCCACAUUGGUCGGACAUGGACGUCGACGGCGCUCCCGCUGCCACCACCUCCACCUCCGCAAAGAGCUCCUCCAACAAGCCCAAGGACAAGAGCCAGACCCGCAAACAGCUUCGUCGCAAGCCCUCCAACAAGGUCUCCUUCCCCACCUCGCGAGGCAAAGGUGCCCUCAAGCCCUUCAAGGGCCAGACGGCCGGACCCGGUCGCAUUGGCAAACGACGAUCAUGAUUGAUGAUUUUCUCCCUGGCGUUGAUGGAUGGCAUUUCCCUGGCGUUUACACACCUCCUGUUAUUUUCUCCAAAAAGUAAGGGUUGGAAAGGAUACCAUGUCCCCCCCGUGCGGACUUUUACUGCAUGUAUGCGCAAUUCAUAAAUCUAUAUUUUUAUGUUAGUACACAACCAUGUCGUUGACAAUGCGACAACAGUUGGUCUCGG